AUGUCUGAAACAAAUGAAAAUGUUUCACAUGAAGGAAAAUCUUCAACAUCAUCUUCUGAUUUUCUUCAUGAGUAUUUACAAAAAACAAAUUUAUCAACAACAGCAAGUCUCAAUCAAUUUAUAAAAGAUCAUCAUAUUUCACGUGAUGAAAAUGAAACUGAUGAAGCAUUUACAAAACGUGUUAAAAAAAUUAAUUAUUUAAAUUUAGCACAACAAUUAAUUCGUAGUAGUAGUCAAAAUACAAAUACACGUCAGAUCAUUAAACCUGAAUUAAAAUCAUUAAAUCAUGAAUCUUCACCGAAGCUUGCAGCACCUCUCAAACGAAUGAAACCUGUUUUUUCACCAGCUGAAGAUCCAGAUUUUGAUGAUGAAUUUGAAAUAGAUGAUAAUAAUUCUCGAGAUAUUUAUGAUGAAUCAUCAUCAUCAUCAAAUGAAGAUGAUGAUGAUGAUGAUGACGACAUUCAUCUUCAACAACCUCGUUCAGUACCAUUUAAAACUAAUCAUACAUUUGCAAAUGAUAUUAAACAAAAAUUAUCAAAUCUUGCUGCUGAUGUUGUACGUACAUUUGGUACUUCAAAUAUGAUAGGAGAUGAUGAUUUAACUAAACCUUUACCAACAAAUAUAUCAUUUUCAUCACGAUUAUUUUCUAAUCGAAUAAAAGAAACAAAUAACCAAAAUAAUUCAUUAAAUAAUGAUAAUUAUUCAAUGCAAGAAUUACCUUCUCAAAUAAAUAAUAAUCCUGAUAUUAUUCCAGAUAAUAAUAAUGAUGAUGAUGAUGCAGAUUUAUUAUAUACAAACGAAAGUUUAUUACCACAAGUUGAUUGGGAAAAUCUUGAAAAACAACUUAAACAAGCACAAAUUGAACGAGAACGAUAUGAUAAGGCUCGAUUAAAUGAUCGUGAUGAAAUUCGACGUAAGUUAGCAGCAGGGAAUGAAUCCGAAGGUGAGAAUGAAGAUUAUUAUACAUCCGAUUACAUAAAAAAGACAAUGGUCACAACAUCACAUCGACGUCGACAAGGUUCAAAUCUACAAAUAUGUUUUGUUAAUGAACAUCAUCAAGCAAAUGAAUCAUUUGAUAAUGAUGCGACUUCAACAACUCUAUCUACACCAUCAAAAAAUUUAAAAUCUGAUGAAAUAAAUUCAUCUACGAUAGGAAAUAAUGAUGAAGAUAUUCUUACAAAACAACAAAGAUUAAAAGAAGAAGCUAGAGUUGCUCUUGUACUUGGUGCAAAAAUGGCACGAAUGCAAGUACAAAUUGAACGACGAGCCUUAAAAAAGAAAAAAUCACCACUUUAUGACAUUAUUGGUAUUAAUACAAAUGAUGAUAAACCAUUAACUGUUCGAAUGCUUGAAGAUAUGAAUAUUGGUCAAUUACAAGUUCUUGUUAAUGAUUUACAUUGUCAGAUUGAAGCUCAUAAUGAAGAAUUAGUCAGUCUUUUAAUGGAAAGAGAUUCGUUAAGUAUGGAACAAGAUUCAGUUCUUGUUGAUAUUGAAGAUUUAACAAAACGUUUACAAGAACGUGCUGCUAGUUUCUCAUCAGAAUCAAAACGAACAUCAACAAAUGGAGCAGCACAACGUGUUUAUAUUGUAAAAUCACCAACAACACAACAACAAGAUGUACAGAAAAAAUCUAUUCUUCAUAAUCUUUUACGUAAAGCUACGUUUACAUAA